AACAAACUAAAAUAAAUUGUGAAUAUAUUGAAUAAAAGACAAAAUAAAACUCACAACGGCAAUAAGUACAAUAAACAUUCGUUAAAAUGGAUAUGAGUUUAGAUGAUAUAAUUAAAAGUAAAAAAAUAACACAGGCACCCUCGAAAAAGUUUGGUAUCAAAAAGCCUGCCACACAGCCGCUUAGGAGAACAGCGAACAAUCCGGUAUUUAAGGAAGCCAGACGCAUAACCGAUGCUCGUGUGAAAAUUAUACAGAAAAAUCGUGCCAAAAUUCGAGAUGCUCGUGACAAGUUGGCAGAAAUCACAAGAAAUAAUGGUGAUGUACGCAAGAAAUUAAUGCAAAAACAGGAAUAUACCACCUACAAAUACAGUAAAGUAGGAGGCGGUAGUUCUGCAAGUAGUGGAGGUGGCUAUGUAGGCAGACGAACGGUUGGUGUUAGUAAUAAAGUUAUACCAGCUGGUGGCUUAAAAACCAAAAGUUCCAAUUAUAAGACUUCUUCAUUGCCGGUUGUUGCAACCAGACGGCGGGAAAAUCAUUUCGAAAUACCUCGAGGUUAUGUUGACUACGAUAAUAUGGAGAAAAUGGAAGAGGGUGAGUAUUUGGGAUGGCAAAGCAGGGACUUUAGACGCCGACAAAUCGAGGAAUAUGCCGCAGCUUCACAUCUUAGUCGUACCGUAGAAAACGAUAUAGCCUACGAAUUGGCACCACCAGCCCCCAGACGCUUAAAUUCAUGGGGUUCAGCGUCAAAUGAACAUUUCGAUCCCUUCGAUGUGUAUGAAGUUCCAUAUUCGACACGUCAUGAACGUCGAAUGUCUCCAGAUUUGCCAUCACCACCUCCUAAGGGUAUUCUACGUUCUACCUCAUUAAGGGAACGUAGUCCAGAUUCAUAUUCCAGACGCUAUCAACCUGAACAACAAACCUCACAACUAUCGUAUGAAAUGCGUUCUCGCUUAGAACGUGCACCAGAUCCACAUGCUUCAAUGGGUAUUUUUUCGAAUCCCAUAAAACCAUCGUCAUCCUCCUCCUCCUCAUUAUCUAUGGGAGGUGGAUCGUCGUCUAUGUUCACAUCUUCAACCGGUUAUCGCAUAGUCGUAAGCAAUUUACAUACCAGUGUCACCCAGUCUGAUAUUAAAGAGUUAUUUGAGGAUAUUGGUGAACUGUACGAUUCACGUAUUGUUCGGCCUGGUGUAGCCGAAGUCAUUUACAAGACAUUAGAUGAUGCCGAAAAGGCAGUAGACACUUAUCACAAUCGUCAGCUGGAUGGCCAGCCUAUGAAGUGUUUAUUAGUUAAUCCUAGAGCCUCUAAUAAUCCCACAGCCCCUGCCAUGCGCUCUUCAAGGUGAGGACCAGUACACAUUCAUCAAAUAAAACUCCUUUAGAAAUUGAUAUUGAUGCUCUUCACAAAGUUCUAUUUCGCCGUCAUUAGUGUUAAAUGAAAAAUUCAACAAAAAAAAAACAACUAACAAGACCCCUUAACAAACAUAAAUAAUAAACAAUAAAUUAACCAAAAUAUUCAUGGCAAUUGUAAGAAACGCAAAAUUAAAGUUAAAUUACAAAACGUUUACUUCAUGCAAUUUCAAUACAAAUUGCAUAGUUGCAUACAUAAUAUUACCUCCUUAAUAAUUUCAAGACUCGAGCGUUUAAAAACUUCAAUUCUACAAAUUUUCAAUUAAAAAAAUAUUCAAGAUACAAAAGGUAAUUCUGUUUUUAUUAUUUAUAUUUGUUUAUUCUUCUUUUAUUAUUAGUUUUAUAUCAAUUAUUGAUUUAUUUCCUUUUUUAUGUUAUAAAAUCUUGCCUUAGUGGCUGCUUGCUUUAUUUAGUGUUUUUUUGAAAACAAAAAUCUUUGAAGAUUAUUAUUUAUCUUGUAUUUUUUUUUUUAUUUACUACAUUUUAGUUUUUAAUUCAUAUAAUACAAUAAGUAGUUGUAUUGAAAGACGCGAAAAAAUUAUAAUAAAUACAUUUAAAUAAAAGAAAAUUAUAAUAAAAAUAUAUACACAAAACUGAAAAA